AAACACCGGUCGUGCUGGUUGAUAACGAACGAAACGAAGCGUUACCAAAGCGUUGUGCGUUGCCAAGUCAUUGUAUCGAAUGGUGUUUUUUUUUUUCAAUUUGGCUUGUUAUUAUCACUGCUCCGCAGUUAACGAAAUUCAGUGAAUAAGAAACAUAUAAAAAAAUAAUAAUAACGUGCGCGUGAUAUAGCGACAGCAACAAAUGGAGUAGUGCAUUUUGUUAGUAUUGCCUGCUACCUACUGCCAUCAUUUAAACUGCAGCAGCAAACGGCAGACCGUGGAUAUUCGUGAAUAAAUUACUUACCGUUGUUGCCGUAGUGCUACGACGACAGUGGUACACACCUACGAGCGUACGAACAUACCACGCUUGUAUGUUACUACACACAGAUGUAAAUAUAACACACAUGUUGUUAUGGUGUUGUGGUUUGAAUUAAAAAUCAGCAACUGAAGCGGCAUUUACUGUCUGAGUGCUCCAAAAAAAAUCGAAAAAAAAAAGAAACGAAACGAAUUGAAUCAAAACAAAAAAGAAGAAAGAAAAAAAAAUAAUAAAAUAAAAAUACAAAGAAAUUAAGUAUUGAAAAAAGUUGUUGAGUUCCAACAAAGAAGAAAUACAAAGUGAAAUAAAUACAUCAUCCUCGACUUAAGUAUUCAAUUUCAAAAAGAAGUUCUUUUUUCGAAAAAGCGAAAUAUUUUGAGUGAAACAGCGAAUAAAGAAUAGAGAGAAAAAAAACGCAAGCAGAGCACAUAAAAUACAGAUGAAUUAAAUUGAGUGGAUAAAUUUUAAUUGUGAUUUUUAAAAAGGUGGGCACACAGACACACAAAAAUCUGUAUUUCAAUUAUUGAUUUCAACAAUUUGAACAAAUAAACAACUACAUUACACAUAUAUAUACAGAGAGAUAUUUUGAUAACUUGCAGAUGUCACCACAUUGGUUUUUAUUACAUUGAGAAUAUUUUACAUUUAUUACAGACAUUUCCAGGCAUUUUAACAACAAGUCGAUGUAACGUUACGGGAUUUGAACAAUUACUCCCGCAGCAGUGUUCCAGACAAGUUCUUCAUAUCGGUUUGGUGUUUUUUUCUCUCCCUCUUCUUGGCGAAAAUAAUGUGUUUAAUUGAAUGCCAGAAGAACAGUGUUAAUGUAUUUGUUGCCGAACGUGUUAAAUACAAUGAUAUUAUGCUAAUUACCAGCUGUAAAUCUACAGGCAAAUGCUGACAUUUAAAGGAGUGUCAACAACAACGCCAUCAACUCCCACCACACUGCACAGCAACAACAAGAACACAAUCUCGCACCACAAUUCGCAACAUAAAAAAAGGAAAACAGCUUCAACAACAACAGCAACGACGAGGACAUUAAUUAAUAAGAAAUAAAGGACACACGCAGUCCAAAAACCACCCAACAACGGCACUAAAGACUACAUCAACAUUAUCAUCAUCUACGUCCUCAUCAUCAUUGUCGUCGUUGUCGUCGUCAUCAUCAACGUCAGCAACAUCAUAACGGGCUCGGUGGACUGCUAGUCAUUGUCCUAGCGGCUGACGGCGACAUUGGCUUGUCGUCCUUAAUAGAUGGUUGGUUGGUUGUGCUUUACAAGCAUUAAACAUUCCACAGGAAUUAACAAGUUGGGCGGCAGCACCACGAAGGUAUACCCAAUAUUUGAACUUGGGUUCUGCUGCCACCCAUUAAAUUGGCUUAAAUAAAAGCUACUUUGCUGCCACGAGGGACCACCGAGUCGAAUAAGCAGAGGAAAGUUGGGCGAGAACUAAUAAAAAAUUGAAGAUAUUUAAUGAGACUCUCAGUGCGUUUCAAUUAAACAACUUUAUUGCGAACAUCGCUUCAGCACUUGAAAUACAAUAAGAAAUCCCAUUACCACCACCACCCUGGUAAUUAUCAUCAUCAUCACUACCACCACCACCACCACGACCAUCGUCAAAUAACACAUUAUGGCCACAUCCACACACAGAAGGAAGCCUACCAUCAAAAUGACAUGGUACCGCCUGCACUAUUGGCUAACACAGAUUCUCUUCCUAACGAGCGUUGUGCUGACGAACCUGCCCACCACUGUUGCCAACUCUGACUGGAUCCAGAGUUGUAGCAACUGCCAUUGCCACUGGAAUUCGGGCAAAAAGACAGCAGAUUGCAAAAACCGACAGCUUUACACAAUACCCAAUGAUCUGAGUAACGAAUUGCAAGUCAUUGAUCUCUCCAAUAACAAGAUUCCCGAACUGAGAAGGGACGAAUUCAGCGAUGCAAAUCUUCAGAAUCUGCACAAGAUCUUCCUGAAGUACUGCACCAUACAAGAGCUAAACCGAGAUGCCCUCAAAGGUCUGACAAUAUUAAUUGAACUGGAUUUGUCGCAUAACUCCAUCAAGGAGCUGCAUGUGGGCACCUUCAAUGGCCUGGUUAAGUUGCGCAACUUGGUCAUGAACAACAAUCAAAUCGAAGCCUUGGACAAUCAUCUGUUUGUGGACCUGCCUUUCCUCUCGCGCGUGGAAUUUAAAAACAACAAACUUAAGCGCAUAGACAUUCAUGCCUUUGGACAAUUGCCAGUUUUAUCGGCCGUCUAUUUGGAGAACAACGAACUGACCGUUUUGAGAAGAGAAACAUUUCAACGGACUCCAAAAUUGGUGCACCUUUCCUUGGCCUCAAAUCCAUGGAAUUGUACAUGUGAGCUGCAGGAAUUCCGAGAUUUCGCCUUGGCCAAUCGACUGUAUACUCCUCCCACGGAUUGCAAUGAACCGCAACAUUUGAAGGGGAAACUCUGGAAUGAAAUUCCUUCGGAAAACUUUGCCUGCAAACCACGGAUAUUGGGUUCUGAAAGCUCCUACGUCGAUGUCCAUUCGGAUAACAUAACAUUACCAUGCCGCAUUGAGGGUUCACCCAGACCAAAUGUGACAUGGCUCUACAACAAGAGACCCAUCAAUCCCAACGAUGCCCGUUUUAAAAUUCUCAACUCCGUUGAACAACAUCGUGCCGAAAGUCCGAACACUUUGAAUUCAGAGCUGCGCAUCAUUGGUGUCCGACCCACCGACAAAGGCUCCUACACCUGCAUUGCAGACAAUCGGGGCGGCAAAGCAGAAGCUGAAUUCCAGCUAAUUAUAAACGGUGACUACUACAGUCCCCUCAAUGGUUCGGGCAAGAAUCGAGUCCACGGCCUCAGCACGUCCACCUCUGAAACGGAGCCCAAUAUUUUACUCAUCAUUGGAUUGAUUGCCACCACACUCUUGCUGCUGCUUGUCGUCAUAAUUCUCGUCAUAUGCUGGUAUUGUCGUCGCUCCAAAACCUAUCAAAAGGAUACAACGAUGAUGAGCGAGAAUGGCUUAAUCUCCUCGAAAAUGGAUAAAACACACAAUUCAAUGCUCGAAGGUUCGGUCAUCAUGGAAAUGCAAAAAAGCCUACUAACAGAAGUUAAUCCCGUCGAAAAACCGCCACGGCGCACAGAGCUGGAGAAUAUGGAUGGGGUGGGCAAUGGCAAUGGCGGCGAUGAUGGUCACGAGAUUAAGAAGACUCUGUUGGAUGAAACGCAAUUUGGAAAUCUUCAUCAUCGUGAUGAUGAAACUCAUUCGGUGACCACAUCGGACAAUACAGUGCCUCGUACACGCCACACCUACAUGGACGACACAUAUGUUACGACGCUGCCACCAGACUUGUUGGCUUUCCCAGCACGUGUCCCACCCACAUCGCCCUCCAUGCAAUCGUCACAGUCGAAUAUUCCCGAACAGGUUAUCUACGGCAUACGUUCACCGCCAAUGACCAGUCCCGUCUAUGCCCACAUGACACCCCAUGGCAUUUAUGGUACCACGACCAUAGCGGCAGCCACACCAAACGGUUUCAUGACCCUGCAACAUCCCAAAUCGCGCAAUUUAGCACUUAUUGCAGCUGCUAAUAGCAGGCAACAACAGUCACCGUUUGUCCCGGCACCCGUUGUUUACUCACCGGCGACCACUUCAGCGGUUGUUAUGAAACAGGGCUACAUGACAAUACCACGCAAACCACGAGUUCCAAGUUGGGCGCCAUCGUCAUCGGCUACCAAUUCGACACAAUUGAGUGAAUUUCAAUCGCCCACCUCACCGAAUCCCAGCGAAACUGGAACAGCAACAACGGCCGAAAUGAUAGUCGAACCUGUCUAUGACAAUUUGGGACUACGAACAACCGCUGGCGGUAGCUCAACUCUUAAUUUGAACAAGAGUCUAAUGCAGCAACAGGAACAGCCAGUGCGCUAUACAAUGCGGGAUCGACCAUUGCCGGCAACACCCAGUCUCACAUCGGUGAACUCCAAUCAAGCACAGCAACAGGCGAUUUACCAACAGCAACAACAACAACAACAGCAGCAACAACAACAACAGCAGCUGCAACAACAACAACAAACACCACAAAACAACAUGUCCAGCAAUAAUACAAGUAAAAUCUACGAACCCCUUCACGAAUUAGUUAAUCAACUACAUCAGCCAACAGCAACAACAACAACCUCGGACACGGAACCAUUAUAUGGCACAGCAAGACAUCAUUCCGCCAUAAUGCCCAACAACAGCAGCAGCAAUAGCAGCGCCAACACAACAACGACCACCACCACGAUCUCAAACAGCGGCAACAGCUCAGAACCGAAAUUAACCAAAAUACCACCCAGACCGCCACCAAAGCCGAAGAAGAAAAUGUCCGUGACAGCAUCACGCAAUGGCCAUGGUAGCACAAGUCAGCUAUUCGACGACGAGGGAGAGGACGGCACCGAGGUCUAGUGGAAUCUGGCCAAAUCCUCCACCCACCUGGUGUCGAUGGUGACAUUGACACGAAGGCCCUACCAAUUUCUCCUGUCCUCGUUUAUAUUUGCUGUUUUAGCUUUUAAAACGUAAUGCCUUCCACCAUGUCCUCGUGAAUGAAACACAACAACAGCAGCAACAACAACAAAACCAACAUCUAUGCAUACAAAUAGAAAGAAAUAAAACAAUAAUAACAGCAACAACACAAUAGUGACAUUAAAAGCAUACAAAAUGAACACUGUUUUGGACUCCACUCCUUCCUCUUAGCCGCUCUGCUGCUUAUAGCCAUCAUUUGAAUAUUCGCAAGUUUUUUCGUUGGUCCUUGUUUUGGUUUCCCAUUCUUUUGCAUAUUAUUAGGUGUUGUGGAAAUAUUAGCGGUAUUCACGCAUUACAAACGAUAUUUGCGUUUGAAUUUUUUGUCAUUAACGGAACAAGACCCACACCAACAAGCUGCUAAAGAAUCAGAGUUUAUGUUCGCAAAUUUGUUGUUUUUAAAAGAUUUGUGAUUUGUGCUCGUUAACAUGGAAGUUUUGUUUUAUCCUCAUGGUGGCAAUAGGUUUCACAAUACUAGAUCUGUGAAAAUGCAAAUUGAAAACUUUUCACAUCAUAGAAUUUCUGUGAUUUGAAGAAUUUUUAAUUGGGUUCGUGAAAUGUCAAAGCGUCAGCAAGUCAGUGCAAUACGUUAUAGGCUAAAUAUUGUCAGAUUUUAAUGAAUUAUGAUUUUAAUUUGCAUGAAAUUUGAAUUGUUUUAGAUUUUUUUAAUUUUAUUUAAUUUUGAAUCAAAUACCUGGUAUAGAACAGUGUUAGUAUUUUUAACAUCAAAAUACCAAAAAUUUUAUCAUGAGGUAUUUUGUCAUCUUCUUCAACAUUUGGAAAAUGAAAACCGUUUCUUUCAGUUUUUUGCCUUUUAUUUUAAAUAUUUAUUAUUUUAUUUGGAUUUUAAAUUAGUUUUUUUAUUUAUUUUACAAAAGAAUACUUUUUUCGUUAUCCAUUUUUAACCAAAAAUAUUUUAUUUUCCAUGAGAUAAUAACUUUUAAAGGACUCAAGAAUUUUAAAUUUAUUUUUAUGCAAAUAAUUUUAGUGAAAUUUUAAAUAUUUUUUUUAUAUAUUUUUGGAAAUAAAAAUAAACCUCCACUGGUAGAACAAAGAACAACGCCAUGUUUACGACAUUACAAUUUUUAUAAAUUGUAAAAUUCUAACUACAUUGAACUGUUUUAAAUUCCUAUCUGUAUCUAUUUUUUAUUUUAUAAUUAUUUGGUCAGUGCUUCGAUCAAAAACAGUUUUCACCAUUCAUCCUAAAAGUAUGCAACAGUAUCAAACAAAUUCAGGAUAUAAUAGUUUUAAAUGUGUUAUAAAGCACUUAUUUCCUAUAACAGUGAUUGGCAACUCAAUUGUUUUCCUAUAGAUCCCUUUUGACAUUCUUUUAAAAUGUUGUUGAAAUUUUUACAUCAUGGCCCCAUGCACUGUACUGCCAAAAUUCAAUAUUUCAUUCAUUAUUUUUUAUGAUCGUAUAUUAUAUUGAAACGUCAAAUUUUUUCCUUAUAAAAUCUACAUUUUUACCUGCAAGAACAUACUAGUAUGUAUUGUAAUUUCCUUCAAUAACAUAAAGGGCAAAUCGGCUAUCGUAGUAAAAACUUUUACAUUCUUGCAGUUCUGGAAAAGACCAAUAUUCAUUUACCAUUUUUAUGAUUAUUUUUAUUCAGAUCGUGAAAACGGCUUAAUUUCCAAAGUCAAAAUUAUUUUGACCCGAAUCUAUGCAUUUACAUUUUCAAACUUACAAUAACAAAUUUUAUACAUGCGCAUAGUAAUUAAAGAAUAUUUUUGAGAUACUUGAGUUAAAUUGAAGAAUAUUUUUGAAACAUAAAAUAAAUUUUCGUAAAUUAAAAUGAGAUUUGAGCGGUAUAAGAGGUCAUGGAAAGAGACAUUUUAUUAGAAGUUUUCCCAUUUGGGAAAAUGUUUCAAGGGCUAAGGGCUUAAAGUGUACACUUUGUUAACAAAAUAUUUAAGCAAAAAUCUCUGAUACGAUUUCGUUAUCAUGGGAUUAAAGCUCUUCCUGAUAAUGGUGCUGUUAUCGAGGUUUACACAUAAAUUGCUUUAAAAAAAUAUUAAUUUUAAAUGAUGGCUUAAGAGCAAACCUUUAUACCUCUUUAAUCUAGAAUGCAUCUAUUUUUUAAUCCAAAGUAUGCAUUUUACUUUUCCAUAAGGUUAUAUUUCUAAAGUGGAAAUUUGCGCUUUUACCAAAAUCGCCUUGUUGUCGAUUGAGUUCUUUCCAUCCUAUACAUAUUCCUACGGAAAGUUUUUUAAAAAUUAUUACUUCAAAAUGUAUGCCAACCAAAAUUUUCAUUUUUUCCGCUUCGUUGCGAUAACAAAUAUGGCUAAGCAGUAACAAAAAAAAAAAAAAAAAAACAUCAGCAGCAAUAAAACAAAGAAAACAUUUCUCAGAUUUAUGAUCUCUCGUGUUUUUUGUUAUAACCAAAAAAAAGCAACUCGCAAACAAAUUAUUACGUCGAUAGGAGUGUGGUGGUUGUCUGGUGUGUGCCAAAAUGACUGAUGUAGUUUUUCUUUUCUCUUAUUUUUUAUGAAUCGAAUUGAGUUUGUUUCUCGAACUCGAAACAAUGCAAACUUUAUUAACUCCCCAGUAGAUAUUAAGGGACGGAACAACUUUUGUAAUUACACCGAAACGAAACAAAAAAAGUUUAAAUUUAUCAACAUAACACACACAUACAUGCAUACAUACGUGCGUACAAUAACACAUUGUAUUACAUUAUUACCUUGCAAAUAACAUACAAUACAUACAAACAUAUUCUUAUGUUCGAAAGUAAAACCCAUUUAUUCUUCUUCUUUUUCUAGAUUUAAUAGAGUUAUAAUUAGAUUGUAAGAUAAUCUACUUUUAAUCUAGCUAGGAAUAUGUACAAAAACAAAUGUGACGACGCAACAAAACGACAAGGAACCUAGAAAUUAGAAGGAAUGCCAAGAUCGGAGAAGAAUGGCAUUGGCAUGUGUGAUGAUUAUGGCAUCAAUUGUAUUAUAGCGUUUAAAAUUUAUUAAUUAAGAACUAUUAUAAAUAUACAUAGUUAGUUAAGAGCAAAACAAAACAAAACAAAAGAUAACGGAAACCCACAUUUUUAAGUACCACACUUUAUUUAGCCAGAAUAUAAGAGACGUUUUUUUAUUUUAUUUUUAUUUCAUAGCAAAUAAGCUUUUAUUAAAUAAUUUCAUUUUUUAAUUUUCCAACGAAUGUUGACAAAACAAAAAAGAAAAAAACAACAACACAACACAUAAUAAAAUAAUGUAUCAAGUAAUGUAAAGCAAAGCAGAGCGAAAAGGAUCCCCGUAUCAAAUGAAAAUAUGGAAAAUAGUACCGAAACGAAUCGAAUAGUACCGAAACGAAAAAUAUGAUGUCAUAUAAUGUAUAAAAUAUAUUUAACGUUAGAUUAAAUUUAAUAUUUAUACCUUAAAAAGAAACACACAUACAAAAACUACAAUAUAGACCGACCGACAUACAUACAUACAAAUGCGGCAAUGCAGGUGGCUGUUGUAAAUAAAUACAUCCAAACCGUAAAUCAGCAGUAGCAGCCUAUUAAGCCGUACGUUCAUACAGUAGCUCAAAGUUAUAACAGAAUGUUGACAAAACAAAACGAAAAAAAGAUAACUGGUUUUAAAUCAUCAUCGUCAUCAUAACCUUAGAAUGUGUAUUGUGAUCAAUAAUAAUUAAUUAAUUAAUUAAAAUUGUUUUGUUUUGCAAAAUUAUAUCAACAACAUUAUUUAAGAAAAUUCUUCCAAUAUUUUAACGGGGAAAUUUUUUAUUUAUAACUGACUUUUUAUUUCAUAGUUCAUAGCAUUUCUUAUACAAAAAUAAAAACUAUUCGAAAAAAUUAAAAAAAUAAUAAUAAA